CUUUACCUUGCAGCUGAAAGUAUGCCUACUGAGAUGGCCCUUCGUAUCCUGUAGAGCAUGGGCCCUUGACCGAAGGACUGUGCAUACCGGAACCGACCAAAGGGUGGCUCCUCCCAGACCAGACACUCCCCGCCCGGCGGAUUACUUGUGGAAAGUCCUGAAGAAGAGAAUCGAAACAGAAACCGUAAUCAGGCAAACUAUAAAACUGCCUGGCGGAAAGCUGGCCCAGAAGCUUCCACCCCAGUGCGCAGACGAGGCGCACCGGUCCCCAGCCCCUGCGAGCGCCCGCCGCCGCCGCCGCGUCCUGCCUACCUGCCCGCCUGCCCAGGUGCGACCGCGCCCUCGCGCGCCCACCUGGGCGUCGUGCAGGCAACCCCGUCGUUGUCAGCAGCAUCGCUGCAGACCCUGCCGCUCCAAAGCAGCGGGCCACACAUCUCAUCCGCUGAGCUGAGAACAGCAACUUGUCCGUCUAUUGGGGAGAAUCUUCUCCGACCUCUGAGAAGGAAAGAUGUCGUCGGAUGGGUAUUCCGCAGACAAGAAUUUCUGCUAUCUCAUUUCGUGUUUCAGGGCCCGAGUGAAAAUGUACAUCCAGGUGGAGCCAGUACUGGACUAUCUGACCUUUCUACCUGCAGAGGUGAAAGAGCAGAUUCAGAGGACGGCCGCCACCACCGGGAACAUGCAGGCAGCUGAUCUGCUUCUGAACACCUUGGAGAAGGGGGUCUGGCCCCUCGGCUGGACUAGGAUGUUUGUGGACGCCCUCCGGCUAGCAGGCAACCCCUUAGCCGCCCGCUACGUGAACCCUGAGCUCACAGACUUGCCCUCUCCAUCUUUUGAGAAUGCUCACGAUGAGUGUCUCCAAUUGCUGAACCUCCUUCAGCCCACACUGGUGGACAAGCUUCUGGUUACAGAUGUCUUGGAUAGAUGUGUGAUGGAAGAGCUGUUGACAGUUGAAGACAGAAAUCGGGUUUCUGCUGCAGAAAAUAAUGGAAAUGAAGCAGGGGUAAGAGAGCUACUGAAAAGGAUCGUGCAGAAAGAAAACUGGUUUUCUACGUUUGUGACUGUGCUGAGGGAAACAGGAAACGAUGCGCUUGCCCAGGAGUUAACAGGCACCGAUUGCUAUGAAAGCAAUGCAGAGUCUGAGAAUCUAUCACCAGAAGAUGGUCCUGAGGUCAAGGAGCCCCUCCUUUUAGCCACAGAUCAGCCCAGUCUGGAGGCCUGGGACAUAGAGAAUAAUUCAUUGGAACCGUCUUUUGCAGAUUCUUCUGUAGCUUCAGAAAAUGCAAGUACCGCAGGUUGGCCAGCAGAGGGCGCUUUGACAUUUAUAAAGAGAAUGGAAUGUCACUGUUCCAGGGUGGACGAUUAUAACGUACAGGAAUCAGACACAAGUUUGGCAGAAGGAAGUGUCAGCUGCUUAGAUGAAAGUCUUGGACAUAACAGCAACAUGGGCAGUGAUUCAGGCACCAUGGGAAAUGAUUCAGAUGAAGAGAAUGUGGUACCAAGAGCAUCCCCUGAGCCAGAAAUGCAUCUCAGGCCUUACCAACUGGAAGUGGCCCAGCCAGCCUUGGAGGGGAAGAAUAUCAUUAUAUGCCUCCCUACAGGGAGUGGGAAAACCAGAGUGGCCGUUUACAUUGCCAAGGAUCACUUGGACAAGAAGAAAAAAGCAUCUGAACUUGGAAAAGUUAUAGUCCUUGUCAAUAAGGUACCAUUAGUUGAACAGCUCUUCCGCAAAGAGUUCGAACCAUUUUUGAAGAAAUGGUAUCAUGUUACUAGAUUAAGUGGUGAUACCCAAUUGAAAAUAACAUUUCCAGAAGUUGUCAAGUCUCAUGAUGUUAUUAUCAGUACAGCUCAAAUCCUUGAAAACUCCCUUUUAAACUUAGAAGAAGGCGAAGAUGAUGGUGUACAGUUGUCAGACUUUUCUCUCAUCAUUAUUGAUGAAUGCCAUCACACCAACAAAGAAGAAGUCUAUAAUAACAUCAUGAGGCGUUAUUUGAACCAGAAGUUGAAAAACAACAGACUUGAGAAAGAAGACAAACCAGUGAUUCCCUUACCUCAGAUACUGGGACUGACAGCAUCGCCAGGUGUUGGAGGGGCCAGAAAGCAAGCCAAAGCUGAAGAACACAUUUUAAAAAUAUGUGCCAAUCUUGAUGCAUUUACCAUUAAAACCGUGAAAGAAAAUACGGAUCAACUUAAAGACCAAAUAAAGGAGCCAUGUAAAAAGUUCGUAAUCGCAGAUGACACCAAAGAAGAUCCAUUUAAAGAUAAACUUCUAGAAAUAAUGACAAAGAUUCAAAGUUUUUGCCAAAUUAGUCCAAUGUCAGAUUUUGGAACUCAACCCUAUGAACAAUGGCUCAUUCAAAUGGAAAAACAAGCUGCAAGAGAAGGAAAUCGCAAAGAUCGUGUUUGUGCAGAACAUCUGAGGAAGUACAAUGAGGCCCUACAAAUUAAUGAUACAAUCCGAAUGAUUGAUGCAUAUAAUCACCUUGAAACUUUCUACAAUGAUGAGAAAGAAAAGAAGUUUGCAGUCCUAGGAGAUGACAGUGAUGAGAGUGAUGAUGAUGGUGAUGAUGAUGAAGAUGCAGGUGAUGAAAAGAAACCUUUGAAGCUGGAUGAGACAGAUGGAUUUCUCAUGACUUUAUUUUGGGAAAAUAAGAAAAUGUUGAAAAAGCUGGCUGUAAACCCAGAACAUGAAAAUGAAAAGCUGACCAAAUUGAGAAACACCAUAAUGGAACAAUAUACAAGGGCCGAGGAAUCAGCACGAGGAAUAAUUUUCACAAAAACACGACAAAGUGCAUACGCCCUUUCCCAGUGGAUUACUGAAAAUGAAAAAUUUGCAGAAGUAGGAGUCAAAGCCCACCAUCUGAUUGGAGCUGGACAUAGCAGUGAGUUCAAGCCCAUGACACAGAAUGAACAAAAAGAAGUCAUUAGUAAAUUUCGCACGGGAAAAAUAAAUCUGCUUAUCGCUACCACAGUGGCAGAAGAAGGUCUGGAUAUUAAAGAAUGUAAUAUCGUUAUCCGUUAUGGUCUCGUCACUAACGAAAUAGCCAUGGUCCAGAGUCGUGGUCGAGCCAGAGCUGACGAGAGCACCUACGUCCUGGUUGCCCAAAGAGGCUCAGGAGUUAUUGAACGUGAGACAGUUAAUGAUUUCCGAGAGAAAAUGAUGUAUAAAGCUAUAGACCGUGUUCAAAAUAUGAAACCAGAGGAGUAUGCUCGUAAGAUUUUGGAAUUACAGAUGCAAAGUAUAUUGGAAAAGAAAAUGAAAAUCAGGAGAAGUAUUGCAAAGCAAUUCAAGGACAACCCAUCAUUAAUAAGUUUUCUCUGUAAAAACUGUAGUGUGCUAGCCUGCUCUGGAGAAGAUAUCCAUGUAAUUGAAAAGAUGCACCAUGUCAAUAUGACACCAGAGUUCAAGAAACUGUACAUUGUGAGAGGAAACAAAGCACUGCAAACAAAGUUUGCUGACUAUCAAACAAAUGGAGAGAUAAUCUGCAAAGAAUGUGGCCAAGCUUGGGGAACGAUGAUGGUGCACAAAGGCCUAGAUUUGCCUUGUCUCAAAAUAAAGAACUUUGUAGUCGUUUUUAAAAAUAAUUUACCUAAGAAACAAUACAAAAAGUGGGUAGAAUUACCAAUAACAUUUCCCGAUCUUAACUAUUCAGAAUAUUGUUUGUUUAGUGAUGAAGAUUGACAUUUGAUUCAAGAUUCUUUUAAAAUAUUAUCAACUUAACAUUUAACGUGAUUUUGAUGAUUGUUUUCAUUAUACUACAGAACUGAUGUGAGAAUUAAUAAAAAUCAUUGCUUUACUCUG